AUGAGUCAAUGGAAUCUUUUAUUACCUGAUGAGAAGAAUCCUUCCUCAACUAAGAAUCAUGAGAAGAAGAAUUUUACACUCUACAUUAGAAGGCAAUGCAUCGGAUGCUAUUGCUUUGACAGAACAGUUGUUUUAUUUGAUCCAGAAAAUGAUGAACAACAUAAGAAAGCUAAAAGAUUGAAUAAUUUUAUGGUUCAUGCUGCUUUAUCAAUGGAAGUUUUUAUCCUAUUGACAUUGGUUCAGGAGUUCAUGGUAAUGGUCAGGGGAAAGUUUGAAAAGUUGCAGGAAGAGUGCUUAGAGUUUCUUUGUUGGAUUUGGUGGGAAUACUUGAAGAAUUGAAAGAAUUGUAGAAACUCUAGAAAAAGUUUGGGUUGUUAUAUAGCAGUGUACUUAUAUUUUUUUAACAAAAUAAGUAAUGUACUUAUACUUUUCAUAGAUGUAUGAUCAUACUUGUUAUUUGCAACAUAACUUACUUAGAUUUAUGAGCAGAAAUAGCACCCCACUUUUC